AUGAUGGCCCAGAACGAGAGUGAGACUAAGAUCUACUACUAUAUCGACGAUGAGGAAACCCCUUACCUCGUCAAGGUUCCGGUACCUCUGGCUCAAGUGACUCUACAGGAUUUCAAAAGUGCUCUCCAACGGACCAACUACAAAUUCUUCUUUAAAUCACUCGACGCCGACUUCGGUGUCGUCAAAGAAGAGAUCGUAGAAGACGCUGCACUCUUACCGGCCUUCAGAGGACGGGUUGUAUCGUGGCUGGUGACGACAGAUGGUAGCAACGCUUCGGACAACGCGUCGCAGGUCACGGCAUCCACUGCAACGACAGAUGCCAAUCCCGCGGAUCGACACUAUCGACUGAAGGAAAACCAAAGGGGACAUCAUAAAGAAAAAGGCCGUCCCGUGCAACACAAACGCUACGAUUAUGACAGCUCGUCGGUGCUCACCUCGGACCUGGAAUCGUCGACCGUCCUGGAUUCCGACGAUUCCGAUUCGGACUUGACAUCAAGAAUGAGCACAACCACGGACGAGAGCAGUGUUUCCCGGAUAUACCAGAGUCGGCACUUGCAGAUGCGGCGCCGGCGGAAAAAGAAAGCAAUUCUCAGCGGAGCCACGAGCAGCGUGUCAAGUGUGACCGACUCGAGCAUGUCGCUGAACAUAAUCACGGUGACCCUGAACUUAGACUCCGUCAACUUCUUAGGAAUAAGUAUCGUUGGUCAAACGAACAGAGGAGGAGAUGGCGGAAUUUACGUCGGCUCAAUCAUGAAAGGAGGUGCUGUUGCUCAGGACGGACGCAUAGAACCCGGUGACAUGAUCCUGCAGGUGAACGACGUGAAUUUUGACAACAUGGCGAAUGAUGAUGCUGUUAAGGUGUUGCGCGAAGCCGUGCAGGAAUCUGGUCCCGUGAAGUUGGUCGUCGCCAAAUGCUGGGACCCCAACCCGAAAGGUUACUUCACGAUUCCGCGAGCGGAACAGGUGCGGCCCAUCGAUCCGGGCGCUUGGGUCGCGCAUACCGAAGCUGCUCUAGGAUGCAACCAAUUGAUGGGAACCAACGAAAUACCUCUCCGGCCACCUUCGGUUUCCACCAUCACAUCAUCGACUCUCGACACGGAGCUCGACUCGAAUCCACUGCUGUCAUUAUCGGUUGAUGCAUCGAAAAUGAAGGAUGUCACCGAGGUUAUGGCAUCAGCGGACUCUGGUUUGGACGUUCGAGAUCGGAUGUGGUUGAAAAUCACGAUAAGGAACGCUUUCUUGGGGAGUGAUUGUGUCGAGUGGCUUCUCAGUCAUGUCCAAGGUUUCCACGAUCGGAAAGAAGCGAAGAAAUACGCCACAAUGAUGCUCAAAGAAGGUUUCAUCAAGCACACCGUCAAUAAGAGCAAUUUCAGUGAACAAUGCUAUUACGUCUUCAGCGACGACAUCGUCAAAGGGAUACAUGACCUUCGAUUGAAUUCAGCGGGGGCUACCGAAUUGCUUUCCGCACCGACAGGCUGGACGAUGCCGGCCAUGCCUCCGUAUGCCGGAAGCUACGUUCCUCAGCCGUUCCUCAGUCAUCCUCCCCCACCCCCAUCGACGAUCCCAACGUAUGCCACCCCGACUCAACCUUACUCCAAUGAGGUCAGCUACGUGAAUUUCGGGAGAGAGGGGAGUGUCAAUAGCAGCGCUGGAUCCGGCGGCAGUGCGGGAGCAAAUGGUAUCCUAGGCGGAGUCAUGAAGCCGAUUCCAGCGGGAGUUAAGCCAGCGGCAGCCGUCUCGUCGGGAUCGUCGAGCUCGCAGAGCACUCCGUCGCAAGAACACGAUUCGCAGUCACUCCUGGCAGCACCGAUUCUUCAACCUCUGCCGAAGCCGCCAGCCGGAGCCGUGGGAUCCGCUCCGGCACCGCCUCAGAAAAGCUCAAGCAAAAACGACCUUUUAGUCGACAACGACGAUGAAGACGACGACGAAGAUGAAGAUGACCUAUACGAGUACACUGACAAAGGAGUCGUGUGA